AUGGCCUUCCCUCAUCAUCUCAUCACCCUGGCGGAUCCCUGCUACGAUGGCUGCUACCUCCCCAAGCAGGAAAAUCAGUUUGUUCAUAAAGUCCUUGAGGAGCUGGACGCCUUUCAGCAGAGAGAUGAUCAGAAAAGCGUCCUACUCUUCCCACCCCUCCCAAGCCGACUUCGCUUUCUGAUCCACAAGACGGCCGAGAACCACCCGAACCUGAGCACUUUUUCUGUUGGGGAAACCUGGAGCCGCAGGGUAGCCAUCUGCUACUCCCACCUAAGGUUACCACCCAGGGAGGACAGCAGUGACACAGACGGUAGUUUAUAUGAGCAGCCGUGCGGGAGGGACAGAGGAAUGGAGGGAACAUCAAGCAGCCAACCAGCCGGACACAGAUCCAUUCGCAGCAGAGGGACUAAAAGGCCAGAUAAAGCCAUCUACGUCCCUCGGGCUUUGAGGCAGAAGGCAUGUGAAAGCUCAGGUUCUGAUGAGCCCAGCAGAAGCUCCUCCAGCUGCUGCCUCAGCGCCUCCGAGGAGUCCAGCUCCGACACUGCAGACCCCCCUGCAGUCAAUCCAGAGCCAGCGUUUUACAGCACUGACGAAUCGGUGGGCGAGCAGGACGUGUUUAUGCAGGUUUCGGGGUCAGGGCCCUACCCCUGGCCUCCAGCCUGGGACCAGACUGUCUCCUAUUUCAUGGCAAUGACCCUGGAGGACCAGGCAGAGGAGGACUGCAGUAAUAUCACACCCACCGAAUCACCCUGCCAGCCGCAGAACAAAGAGGAAAGCGAAGACUUCUACUCCGAGAUUACAGCCCAUCUGAAGGAAGGAGAGGUGGUGAUUGAGAAUGCCCAGAAUGAUUACUCCAGCUUCGAGAACGUGUGGAUUAACCAAGAAGAGUUUGCCCACGUCAUCGAAAUCUACGACUUUCCAGCCAUUUUCAAAACAGACGACUUACUGGACGCAUUUGCGGACUACAGUGAAGGUGGUAUGAAGAUAAAGUGGGUGGAUAACACACAUGCUCUUGGUGUUUUUUCAAGUGCAUCAGCAGCGAUGCAGGCCCUGUCCAUCAGACAUCCACUGCUGAAGACCAGGACACUGUCGGAGGGUAGUAAGAAGGCGAAGGGCAAAGCAAUGAGACGAGCAGAGUUCAUUCAGCCGGUGAAGGAGAGGCCGCGGACGGACACAGCAGUGGCCAGGAGGAUGGUGACCAGAGCGCUGGGUUUGAGGGGAGGAUCCAGAGGAAAACGCUACUGACCAGGAGUUCGUACACCCACCACAGAACAACAGGAGUCAUUGCAAAACCUGUAUUUGCCCAACACCUGUUUUACUGAGAGUUAGUGCACUUUUAUUUUGUUUAAUCCUGUCCUGCAGCUCUAUACUGUUUAGUGUUCCUGCUAUUUUUAUUCAUCUUCACACCUCUAAUAAAAAAAAUCUGUGAGCCCCACCCCCCAACCCCCCAAAUGCAGUCAGUCAGCCCAGACACGUUUGGUUUUAUCAUGUACGGAAAGUACCUUUAGUCCAUGUUUGUAGAUAACAGUGAGUCAUACAGUGUCAGAAACCACAUAAUCAAGUCUAUUAGAGACACUGAACACCUCCACUCAGUCUGAGGCGAGAGAGUGAUGAUUCAGGUAUGCAGUUAGCACCAUGCUAAUUGGUAACCAUAAGCUUCCACUACCUGUUAGCUACAUUAGCAUCAUAGUGCUGAGACUCAAGAAGCAAACUUCAGACACCAAACAUGUCUUAGCUGAUCGACUGUUUGUGGCGUAAGUUGGGAAAACUUCAAAUAAAUUCCAAACUGUCAUUUUGAAAAUUAAUUCUUGCCCUAAACUUUGAGAAACAUCUCACUAAAAUUUGUGUAAAUCCUUCUCAUUCAGUCUGAAAUUGCACGGAUUAGUUUUCACAAAAUUCACGCCUCUGUAAGUGAGGCUAAAAAGCAGCCUUUACUUUACUGAAAACACAUGCCACCACUAUAAAACACAUCUCCUUGCUUGUUGGAAUAUUUUUUACAUUUUCUUUUAGUACCUGUGAGCAAAAUGUAGCAUAACUUGUGUUUUUUAGCCAUCCAGGUUGUUACUCGAUUGAUUAAGCAGAUCUACAUAGACUGAAUUUUCUCCUCCUCAUUUGCUUUUAAUAAUGUUGCUCUUCACUAAAACUACAGGGUGUAACUUCUGACGCAGAUUUUUAAUGCCUCCUUUUUGAAGUUUGUGUUUUUUCCAGAGCUGAAUGUUGCUGAAGUGAAAUAUUUGACACAUUUUAAAUGUGCUCACUCCCAGUUUUGCUUUGUAAGUCUCUUUUUGUACAUAAACAGCAGUAAUUACAGCGAGGCGUGGUGCGACAGCUGAGCAGCUGUACUAAAUGUAGAAAUCGGUUAGACGUUAGAUUGUGAUUGAGGUUUUAUAUUGCUGUGUGUUUAUUUGGGUUCUAAAGCUUGCUUUGUAUAUACGUUUUCAUACGAUCCAAUUUGUUUACAGUUAAAAAUGCAGAUGGAAAUGUGCUGGUUCUUAUACUGUCAAACCAUGUUUUUGUUAAUACAUUGUGUUUUGUCCUGUUAGUAAUUUAUCUAAUUAAACAGUUUUUUUUGUUUUUUUUUUUAAUUUGAUUCUUGUAAUUGCUGCAUCUUGAACAUCUAACACUACUUGUUCUGGUGGGUCUAAAGUGACAAGAUUCUGUGUAGUUAUAGGUGGGAUGAACAUCUUGCAGCAGGAUUGUCCAAUAUCUGGCCCCAGGGCCAAAUGCAGCCUGCGGACACAUUUGAAUUGGCCCCCAGCUUCUGUUUAAGGGUGUGUUAUAAGUGACCUGCCAGCCAGUAUGGUGAAGUUCUUCCUUUGACCUGAUGGUGGCAGCAGUGCUGUAAAAUUACAGUGUAAUGAAGGUAACGAAGUUCGCUAAAGUUUAAGAGCCUUUCUUCUCUGACUAGACCUAUAGCUUCAUUCACUGACCACAUUUAGUCCAAACUGCAGCCAGGAAGUUCUAAGUAACUCUGAGAACUGGGGAUUUGGGCAAGAUGCACAUUCAAAUACUUUUUCCAUCGAGAGCCACAGAAAAUGUGAGUGCCUCAUAUUUCAAAGGACUAAUGAUUUCAGUAUCAAUAGACAUUACAGUAAAUAUUCAACACAACACAGCACCAACAGAGCAAAUCAGUAGUUCAGUAAAUAUUAAUCCUUUAAGGUCAAACAAAAACUUGGCUAUUUUUGCUGUUUAUUCUGCUCUUUUCAUUUAAUACAGUUAUGUCUAAAUGUGGUUGCUGCAUUUAUUUGACAUGUAAAGAACAGCGGUGUCUCUACCACAGAAAGCCUGGUGGGGCACAAUAAACUGUAGGGGCAGCAGCGACUCGUCAAUGAAACUAAACACAAACCUGAUCCAAACACAAACGCACUCCAUCAAUUAAAUCACAAGAUUGUUUUCAGCUAAACUCGCAGUUAGCCAUGUUUUUAUCUUGAACCUCUCUGGAUUGAAGGAUCAGUUUUGUCCUUUCUAGACUGAAUGAUGUUGAAAUCCUCUGGCUGGUGUGUCCCAAACGUUUGAUCUCUAAUUUCUGCUCUAAUGGCUGGUACCAAAUUGAACUUGUAUUAUGUUUUCAACUUGACUCAUUAUAUUACAUUACUAAUAUGAGUGGCUAUCCCAACUGAUGAGGAACUAUUAUAGCUAGCUGCGUAGCAACGCCCACACUGUAAAUGACGUUACUAAACGUUUGGACAUAUGUAAAUUUAUUAUUUUUUUAUUGGCUGCUCUCAGCUUGGGGCCAACAUGAUUGGGCUCCACAGCUGGUUAUUAAAAGCGUGUUGAGCAUGCCCAGAGUGUUUUUUAACUGCUCACUUGGUCAGACAGGCGCUGACGGGCACUGACGGCCCCACACUCACCAAACGAAGACUGAUAGGAGAAAUACUGGCAUUUACACAACAGGUACUGGAAGAUAUUUGGAAUGUAUCACUGUUAUAUGUAAUAAACCCGCAACAAUGAUAGUUACAAAGGAAAUAAAUAUAAAAGAAAAAAAG